AUGAGGUCUCCUCAGCAAAGAGAAGAAGCGGAACAGCAACAAGAAGCGUUCUUGCAGCGAAGCGCGGUACACGAACAUAACCACAGUGUACAACAGGAGCAACAGCAGCAGCAGCAGCAAAUGGUGGCCCAAGUGCAACAGCAGCAGCUGCCGACGAAUAGCGGAUGGGGCGUGCCCCAGCAACAUCCGAAGGUUCUAGUGGCGAAGAACUGGGUGGAAGAGCUCCACGAAUUCGUCGACAAGAAACACAAUGUGCACAAGGACAUCAAGGAGCUGGUGUUAAAGAUCCGGAGAGCUGUCGGAUCAGCCGUCAAGGAGUGGACCAACGUGUUGCAGAGAGCGGAAAUAGCCGAAAGCGAAUUGGCAUCGACGAAAAACGCUCUCGCUGAUAAAACGCUGCCACAGCAAACACCGAGAACAGUCCCGGGAAACCUCGGCAAGAAGGAGAAACUAGCGCGAACGGAAAACACACCGAUGUCUGCGACAAAGAGACACCGAUCCUCGCCAGGAGAUGAAAGGCCAGGAGGCUCUAAAAGGCAGAGAGACAAUCUGCGCAAGCGAUUGGCUGCCGCAGAGGCAGAACAGGUCGGUGUCGGCAACAGAGAGAACCAGUGGCAGACUGUGCAAAGAAAGGGCAAGGCAAAGCAGACGAACGCAGGCGCAAGACCAAAAGCAAUUAGGAGAAGCGUUAAAAAGAAAGGCGAAGCGAUUGUGGUGAAGACCCGUGAGGAAAGUUACCUUGAGGUUCUACGUACCAUAAGAACGGCUCCGGAGCUUAAGGACUUCGGCGCGGACGUACAAAAAGUCAGGCGCACACGGUCUGGAGAAAUGAUCUUCGAGCUGAAAAAGGACUCGAAGAACAAGAGCUCUUCAUAUAAGGAGCUUGCAGCGAGCGUCGUGGGAGACACUGCGCAGGUCCGAGCUGUUACGCCAGAAGUGGUUCUGCAAUGCGUCGACAUAGACGAGAUUACUACGGCGGAAGAAGUAAAAACUGCAAUUAAGGAGCAAAUGGAGAUAGGAGACGUUGAAAUGUCAGUCCGACUAAGAAGGGGACCUUCCGGGACGCAGGUUGCGUCUAUCAAGCUCCCGGUGGAUGCUGCCGACAAGGCGCUGCGAAUUGGCAAAGUGAAAGUCGGGUUUUCAGAAUGCUCACUGCGGGUUUCUCAGCAACCGGAGAUAUGCUUCAGAUGCCAAGAGUUUGGACAUCUGGCACGGAACUGCCGAGGACCAGAUAGAUCGAAACUGUGCAGGAGAUGCGGAGAUGAAGGUCAUAAAGCACAAGAGUGCAAGAAGCCACCAAAGUGCAUCAUCUGUGAAAAUGAGGGGCGCAGGGACCACUUUACUGGUGGCCCAAAAUGUCCAACAUUCAAACAGGCGCAAUUGCUGUGCCAAUCCACGAAGGAAGCGAAGUGCGACGUAGCAAUCAUCUCGGAUCCGUACCGUAUCCCAUCCGGAAAUGGUAACUGGGUAGCAGAUGAAGCUGGAACCGCUGCGAUUUGGACGGUUGGAAGAUAUCCCCUGCAGGAAGUGGUGUAUCGCGCGAUAGAGGGUUUCGUUAUAGCCAAGGUUAACGGCGUCUACAUAUGUAGCUGCUAUGCACCUCCACGCUGGACGAUAGAGCGGUUCAAUCAGGUGCUGGACCGAAUAUUGGAGAAACUUGGCGACAGGAGGCCAGUCAUCAUUGCCGGCGAUUUUAAUGCCUGGGCAGUUGAGUGGGGUAGCCGCCUCACAAACCCCAGAGGAUGGAGCCUGCUGGAAACAGUAUCCAGACUGAACUUAGUUCUAGCCAACGAAGGAUCCACAAGCACCUAUCGAAGAGAAGGCAGAGAGUCUAUCAUCGACGUAACGUUCUGUAGUCCGACUGUAGUGAGAAGCAUGAAUUGGAGAGUCUGCGAAGAUUAUACGCAUAGUGAUCACCAAGCGAUCCGAUACCGCCUUGGAGAACGGGUACAGACGGCGGCACGUGGGGAUGAUUCCAAAGGGCGGAAGUGGAGAACAGAAGCAUUCGAUGAAGACGUGUUCGCAGAAGUGCUUCGGUAUGAACGCAAUAUGCUGAACCUGAGUCCGGAUGAACUGGUUUCGGUUCUCGUUCGAGCUUGCGAUGCAACUAUGCCGAGGAAGAUACAGCCGCGGGACGUCCGCCGACCAGUCUACUGGUGGAAUGGGAGGAUCGCCGAACUCCGUCGGAACUGUCUUCGAGCUAGGAGAAGAAUGCAACGGGCUCACACUGAUGAGCAAAGGGAAGAGCGCAGACCUUUGUUUAGGGCGGCAAGAGCGGCCCUAAAAAAAGGCAUCAAGCUCAGCAAAGCAGCUUGCAUGCAGGAACUCUGCCGUAAUGCGGACGCAAAUCCAUGGGGAGAUGCCUACAGACACGAGCCAACGGUCUGGCCUCCCACGCCGUAUGAGGAAGUCGCCGCUGAUAUGGAGGAAUCCCGUAUUUCCAACCAGGAGCUCAUCACGGUAGCGAAGAGCUUAAAACCCAAGAAAGCGCCAGGACUAGAUGGUAUCUCCAACUUGGUUCUGAAAACAGCAAUCCAACAAAACCCGGAUAUGUUUCGAACCACAUUGCAGAAGUGUAUCGACGACGGAAACUUCCCCGAUCGUUGGAAGCGGCAGAAAUUGGUUCUGCUGCCGAAGCCGGGCAAGCCACCCGAAGAUCCAUCGGCGUAUAGGCCUAUAUGUCUGCUGGACACGACUGGAAAACUUCUGGAGAAGGUGAUCUCCAACAGACUCGGAAAUUACACAGAAGGCGAGAACGGACUAUCGAGGAUGCAGUUCGGGUUCCGAAGAAGAAGGUCGCUGCAGGAGGUGUACUGGACAGGAUCAACGGUGCGAACGUUUAGAGGUAACCAUACAAUCUACCAGAGUUGUGGCAACGUGACACGUGAGCUGCGAACAGCUUUUAUAGUGAUGGGCGAUAUGCAGCAGCUCGUGAUCGAUUGGUGCCCGAUCAACGAAUGA